AGCGCUGGGAAGCGCUGGGGCGGUACGCGUGAGGCAACCCUCGGCAAACCCAGCCGGGAGGAAGCGGGGCCUGCUCCAUCUCCCGUCUCCCGUCUCCGCCCCCUUGCACAGCUCGAGCCUCCCCGGGCCGCCAUGGGCCCCAGCAACCUGCAUACACAGCUGCAGUUCAACAGGAACGUGCCUUCGCUGCCCGACAACCUGGCAGUCCGGUACUCGGGCCCGCGCCCCAUCGUUAUCGAGAAGCUGCGGCCUCCGGACAGAGCCAGCGCCCCCGCCAGUGCCCCCGGGCUUCUGGAGGGGCCCCGCCACCGGCCCUCCGUCCCCUUCUCCGUGGUGUCUGAAGAAAAGCUCAGCUUGGCCGUCCGCCUGGCCAAAAGAGACGUCAAGAGAAAACAGCUGGCAGAGCUGGUGUCGGGGCGUGUCCCCCACAGCCAGCCCCUGAGUGCCCGCAAGUUCAGCCCCAGCAGGAGUGAGCUGACCAAGAAACCUCGGGGCCCCCUCCCAGGCAGGCAGCGCCCCUCCCAGGGGGAGACAGCCGCCAGGGCCAAAGUUUACCUCUCCCGGGACCCUAGGUCUGAUUCUUCUCCUCCCAUGAGGGACCGGGGCCCUCAGCCCUGUGCCCUGAAGGUAGGGCACCCUCAAAGCGUGCUAGAGCUCCAGCGGCUGCAGAAAGAGCUGAGUGCCUGUCUCCAGAGUAUCGAAGGUUUGGCCACCAAAGAUAGACUGGAGGAAGGCCUGGAUCCAGACGAGGCCAAGCGAAGCCGAGUGCGGAGGCAGGAGCAGGCUGCCCGCACAGCCCGCACGCUCUACGCGCUCCAGCAACAGGUGAAAGAACUUCAGGAGGAGUUGGAUAAGUUAAGUCCAAAUAGAAUCAAGCAUACUAAGAAGUCCAGGGCGAUGUCUCGAUUGGCAGCUGCCCACCGAGGAGCCAUCCGAGCCUUGCGGAUGUUUGUCAGUCAGUUCACAGACUCGAAGGAACAGGCAGUAUCCGAGCGCUACAGAGAGCUGGGUGAUCUCAUUCGGCAGCUUUCCAUCUGCUCUGCCAGACUGGACACUGAUCCUUCUGUCCUGGCUGUGGUCCUCGAUCUCCUACAACAGAUUGAGGAGCUAGAUUCCCUUCUGGAAAGGAAACAGUCACUUGGGAAGAUAAAGAAACGCUUCCCUGGAGUUCGAAGCCAGUCUCCACUGGGUUUCCCAAUGGCCUUGGAGAGGUCUAUCAGCACAUCACCAGUGAGAGAAAGGAAGCCCCUGGUGGCAAAGGAGAAACUUCCCUUGGAAGGGAGGCGGCCUGUUGUGCGAAAGCUCCUAGAAGAUGAGCACCCAUCUUUUGCAUUGAGUCCUCUGUACCAGAUAUUGGGUGAGGGGCUGAAGGGCCAGCCCGAAGAGGACCUCGCCUCCUCAGACCAGAAAGCUGCUUUCAAAAUAGGGCCAACCUCGACGAAAGCAAAAGCCAUGAAAAAGCGGCCUCUGCCCACUGCUGGGCCCCUCCGAAGGCGAGGUGUUGAGACAGCUGCCAAGUCAGAGCAAAGCUUCCAUAAAGUGGAAAGGCUAAGACCCCACCAGGCGCAGGGCAAGGACCACAGGUUCCAAAGGAUGACCGUGUCAUUCAGAUUAAAGAGGAACCAACCCCCUGUUAAGGACCACCGCACGCCGUGGAUCCCUCCCAACCCCACCUCCCCGCUGGCCUCCCCUAAAUGUAUUGCUUGGGGAAAGGGGAGUGUCAGCCCGAAAGAUGCCAAAAGGGAACCAUCUCCCCAACAGGAGGUGGUUCGGGAAGGAGCCUGUGCAGACCCCAUUGAGCACGAGGCCCUCAGGUUGGCAGCAACAACCCCUCUCUGUGCAUGGGCUCCAGGCUGCCCGCCCACUCCCAAAGGCCAGGCCUCUCAAACUCUUCUUCUGUGUAGGGAGCUGGACUGGCACCACCCACAGACCAGGGUAGGGGGGUCCCAGCCCCAAAGGAGGGGAAGGCAAAGGAAGUGCCUUCAGACACCCCUGGCGCCUUCGCUGCAGACAAGGCUUGCCUGGCUGGAUGCCGAGAGCGCCCGGAGGCUGAAGGAGCUGGACAAGCUGAAGGCCCGAGAGCUGGCUGACAUCCGGAGGCUGAGUGCGUCGACCUCCGAGUUGGCAGACAAGGUGGAGAAGGCAGUCCUGGAGCGUCUGAAGCCCCUUCUGGACCAAGCAAAGGAAGCUGAUGCUCCAUUGGGGGAUUCUUUGUCUGUGCACGAAGCCAUGGCCCAGGCUCCAGAGAAGGCAUUACCCAGAAAGGAGCUCCCUGACUGCACUCCUCGUGAUUUGGCCCCUGACCUGCACUGCAAGACUCGCACUCAAGUCUCACAGCCGGAGGCCAUGGGCUUCCAGGAUGAGGACAGCCCUGAUCUUUGGACCAUGAUGCGCCGCAUGGAGGAGAUGGAGCGAUACCAGGAGGCCGUCCGGCGGAGGUUCAGUCAGAUGGUCUACGCUGAUCUCGAUUUUGGCACCGAGAGGGGGAGAAGCAACGGAAAAGUCCCAGCAGUAGAUGAAAGGCCUAGGCCUCCUAACCCCAUCCAGCUCACCAAAAGAGCAGGCAGCGGAGAGCCCCAAGUCAACAUUCUGCUUGAAAAACCUCUGGAUGAGAAGUAUUUUGAGGAAAGUAUGGACAUGGAGGAAAGAGGGGAGAAAGGGGCUCCCCUUCGGCCUGCAUCUUCAGCAGCCCCUCAGCAGCCAGAGGGCAGCAUCCUCCUGUCUGUGCCUCGGGAGAUGCUCCGGAACCUUGGCAAUUACCAAGACAGCUACCAGCAAUACCUCCGGACAAUCUCUCACGAGUCCAUUGGUACUUUCAACCCGUGGAUUAUAGUGGAGAGCCUGGCAGAAGAGCUGGUCGAGGAAGCCCUGGAGGACGUGACGGCCGAGCUCCAGGACGUGUGCGAGGAUUAUGCCGAGGCCGUGUUCACCUCCGAGUUCUUAGAGCCCUCAAAGUGAACAUUCCUCACAAACCUUCCCUCGUGUCUGUUCCCCCCUUGAAAUGAAGCCUGGCAGUGCCUGCCGUCCUCUGCACACACCGUGUCUGGUCACCUUGUGGGGGGGCGGGCACGAGAGCAGAGAGGACGAGCCAGGAUUGGGCAAAUAGGGAGGUGGCCGCAGGUGGCGUCAGCCCGGAGGAGCUGGACCCAAACUGCCAGGAAGCACAGGAGCCUGCCUGGUACACUUAGCACCACCGGCAGGCUUAGUGCCUGUUCUUCCCGGGGAACCUGGAAUACUGAGUCACCCAUAGAAGAGGGCUGAGCUGGGCAGCAGGCCUGAGCUAUCAUGGUACCUGACCUCUGGAGACAAUGUGCUGGGCCAGGAACACCCCUUAAGGUAGUGGAGUGGGGUGGGGUCAGCUUGGAUUCCCGGGGUGGGGGCUACAGAGCUUGGUGGUAGCUUUUUAACCUCAGGGCAAAUAACCCUUUACCCCAGAACCUCCCAGGCCUUUCUCCUGGAUGGGAGCAGGGGGAGGCACACUGUGCAGCCUCCCCUUUGGAGAUUUCAGGAGCUCAUGAGUUGGUGUGGCCAUUUUUUAAGAGCUGAUAAUUUUUUAAAUAAAGUCCUUGUCUUUGACAAUA